GCCGGCCGCGGUCCCGGCUGCCGCCCCCGCCGAGAAGGACUACAAUACCGGGAGUUCCCGCUGCCCGACGGCUGGCGCAUGCGCGGCGUCCGCCAUCUGCUUUGCGAGCGGGCGGCGAGGAGUGGCGGGCUGGCGGCUGAGGGGAGGGGGAAACCGUCCCUCGGAAGGAACAUUAUCAAUCUAAGUUUGAUGCGCAGCCACUCCAGAAGAUUUAAAAACCAAAAAUGAUGCAAAUGUUCAGCAGCACAGUCAGGCAGGAGAUCCAGAGAUGAUUCAGACUUUUCACAUGUUUUCUGGAGUUUAUAUCAAUAUCUACAAAACGUCCAUCCUUCAGAAACUUCAACUUCUUUGAGCAUGACCUACAGUUUACAAUCCACGUUCGCUCUGUCUGAUCAGCUGAAAAUUUUCAAGUUCUUCCAUCAUUAAACCAGAAAUUAUCAGACUGGAAACUUAAACAUGCAGAGUUACUUCCUUCAAACUGUCCUUUGGCACUCAAAGCAAGCUUGUAAUGUCCGACAAUGCGUCACUCGCAUAUUUCCAGCUACGUGUGGGAAGAUGCCUUUUCUUAUACCUCACCAGGGACAGCUCCUGCACAUGACCCGCCCAGUUGUUGCCUUGGAACAGAGAAGGCCAAAUUUCCAAGUAGAACCAUCGGCCACAGAGCACAAGGACACUGACAAAGCCGAGUCAGAUGACCCCAAGUCUUUACCAAGGAGCGAUCCAGAUCAAGACACCUUGUCGGACUCAGUUCAAGAAACAUACUUUUCCAAGACAAAACCAAAUCAAGACGUAGCAGAUGUGGAAAACGAUCCUCUCCAUGACCGCUCAAUUGGCCUAUAUCAGCGAUUCAAAAAGACAUUCAAACAGUAUGGGAAAGUCAUGAUCCCAGUGCAUCUGUUGACAUCAAGCAUAUGGUUUGGUACAUUUUAUUAUGCAGCAUUAAAAGGUGUUAAUGUGGUCCCGUUUCUUGAGUAUGUAGGAGCACCUAAAGGAAUAAUACAAAUUUUGAACCAUUCGACAGGUGGAAAUGCACUGACUGCUUAUGCAUUGUAUAAGCUUGCCACACCAGCCAGGUACACGGUGACCUUGGGAGGAACCUCCCUCGCAGUUAAGUAUCUCCGCUCUCGUGGUUACUUGUCGACGCCGCCUCCAAUGAGGGUUUAUAUACAGGACAGAAUGGAGGAAACCAGGGAGCGAUUCUCUGAAAAAAUGGAAGAAACAAAGGAACUGCUAACUGAGAAAAUCCAGGAAACCAAAGACAUGGUCUCCUUUAGGAAGAAAAAGGAAUAAAAAUGUGAGGGUACACUAAAAAAAUUCCAACUGUAUUAAAUCUAAGAACUUCCAUCACCUCCUGUAAAGUUGAAAUGCUGUUUAUUUUGUGACAUAAAUUGAAAACUGCUGCUAUCAAGGAAUGAAUUUGUUAUGAUGCAGAGAUACUGCUGAAAAACCAUUCCUGAACAAUUGUGUAAUUUUUGGCAGUAAGAUUUUUAAUAACUUGAGUGGAAAAGUUGCCAAAUGGUCCAACAAAUGGUCCUACAUUCACUGGUGUAAAGAGAAAAGGAAACACUGAGGCUUGUACGAUGGUUAUAAAAGGGACUGGUUUACAUUAACUAUUUCGAGACUUGUUUGAGUUUUGGUCACUGAAUAUCAGAAAUGUCAGCUGAAACUUUAUUUGUGUAUUGUGACACCUUCAAGCUAAAUAAACUCCAAAUACUUCUAAUAUGAAGUACACAAGUGCUGUCCAGCAGCGUGUAGUAAUAAAAAUGCUUGAAACACUCAGCAAGUCAGGCAGCAUCUGUGGAAAGAGAAGUAGAAUUAACAUUUGUGGUCCAAGGCACUUCAUCUUCAACCUGAAACAGAAAUUCUGUUUCUUUCCAUAGAUGCUGCCUGACCUGCUGAGUGUUUCCAGCAUUUCACAUUUUUAUUUCAGAUUUCCAGCAUCUGCAGUUUCUCAAUUGACACUUAACACUAACCUGCUCACUGCUGCCCAGUUUAGGUUUUGCUAGGGUCACUCAGUUCCAGAUGUCAUCAGAACCUUGGCCCAAACAGGGACUAAAUCCCAUCACCUGAUUAGGUGAGCUGAGAGUGAUUGCCUUGGACAUCAAGAAACCCUGCUAAAAUUGGUCAGUGAACAGCAAGGGCAACACCCUCCAGUGAUUAGGGUCGUAGCUUGCAAGAAGUGUAGCGGUUAGCGCGACGCUAUUACAGCGCCAGCGAUCGGGGUUCGAUUCCUGUCACUGUCUGUAAGGAGUUUGUGUGUUCUCCCGUGUCUGCGUGGGUUUCCUCCAGGUGGUCCGGUUUCCUCCCACAUUCUAAAGUUGUACGGGUAGGUUAAUUUGGGGGUUUAAAAUGGGCGGCGUGGGCUCGUUGGGCCAGAAGGGCCUGUUACCACACUGUAAAUAAAAUUUAAAAAGAAAGGUGGUUGUGAUUGUUGGGAGGUUCGUUAUCCCAGUUUGAGGACAUUAUUGCAGAAGUUCCUAAGGGCAGUGUCCUACGGCCAACCAUCUUGAAGCUACUUCUAUCAACGAUUUUCCUUCCAUCAUAACAUUAGAAGUGGGCUUGCUUGCUCAAGAUUGCACAAUGUUCAAUUGCAUUUACAACUCCUCAGCGAAUUAAGCAGCCCAUGUCUGCGUGCACUAAGACCUAGAUCACUUCCAAGCAUAGGCUGAUAAACUGGCAAGUAACAUAUGAAUCAUAAAAAGUGUUGGGCUGUGCCUUGAUGUUCAACAGCAUUACCAUUACCAGGUUCUCCCACCAUCAACAGGUUGGGGGGGGGGGGGAGGGGGUCACCAUUCACCAGAAGCCCAACUGGACCAGCUACAGAGAUAUGAUGGCCACAAGAGCAGGUCAGAAGCCAGCUACCUUGCAUGAAUGACUCAGCUCCUACCACCUCAAAGCCUUGCCCCUGUCUGCAAGGCACAAGUCUGUAGUGAGAUGGCAUACUUUCCACUUGCCUAGAUGAGUACCAGAUCCAACAAGUGUUAAGAAGCUCAUUGCCAUUCAGGAUAAAGCUGCCCACUUAAUUGGUCCUGUUAUCAUCCACCUGAAAUACUCAUUCCUCCAAUGUCAGCGCACGAUGACUGCAGUGUGUACCAGCGAUAAAAAGCAUUCAAUUACUCACCCAGGCUACUCCCAACGGUACUUCCAAAACCCACAAGUUGUACCACCAAAAAGGCCAAGGGUAGCAGGCACCUGGCAACACCACCCAUCCAAGUCACACUGUGGCGAUUUGGAAUUACAUUACCAGUCCUUCAUUGUCACUGUCUAAAUUCUGAAACUCUCCAGCCAACAUCACAAGGCAAUGGUUCAAGAAGUUGGCUCACCAACACCACCUUUUCAACAACAAUUAGGGAUGGCAAUAACUGCUGAGUUUCCAGUGAUCCCAGAAAAUGAUAUAUAUAUAUAUAUAUAUAACUUCAAGUGAUUUCAUGAUCUCAAUGUUAGUUACUCAAACCUGAGUAUUUGUAAUCUGCUCAGAAUUAUCUGAUAUACUCCGCUUUACAAUCAAACAAAUCGAUCUAUACCUGUGUGUGCUUUAAAACACUACCCCACCUUAAUGGAAAUAAACACAUAUUAUGUGGUAUGACACAUGUCUUAACACUGCGAAGUACGAUUUCUUUAACUGUGAGAAGAAGGGCAAGAAUUGACUCUCACUGUUCUGUUACCAAAACACUCAAAUUCUGGUUUGUCUUCAUUAUAUCUGCAUUACAUCAUAGAAAUGUGCAGAUCUUAAAAACAGCAUUGGCAUGGCCAAAGUUUGAGUGGCUGGUGAAGAGUGUGAUCCAGUUAUUCAUUUGCUCAUUCAGUUGAGGAUUACAGAAUUCAGGAUCAGGUUUAUUAUCACUGCCUUAUAUGACAUGAAAUUUCUUGUUUUGCGGCAGCAGUGCAGUGCAAAGACUGAAACAUACAAAAUAAAUAAAUAGUGCAAAAGAAAGGAACAAUGAGGUAGUGUUCAUGGGUUCGUGGACCGUUCAGAAAUCUGAUGAGGGGAACAAGUUGUUUCUGAACUGUUGAGUGUGGGUCUUCAGAAAGAUAAAUUUUUUCCACUCACAUUUCUUGACACAUGCACAGGCUUCGCAUUACAGAAAAUUGAGAUAUGGACCGUUUUCAUGAACAUAACUCUUCCAUAAUGUGGGUGGUGGGGGGGGUCACCUUUAUUAAAAUCACCAGGCAAGAUUUCCGCAUGACUGCCAGUAACUCAGUUACCAGCCAUUAUAAAUGUAAACAAGCAAUAACAUGACAAGCCCACUCUGUGGCUGGAAAAGAUAUUUCAGACAGAUCCAUCUUUUCAGCUCCUGCACUCUAAUAUAACCCUUGCUUAUUUUUUGAUUCUCUCAUGAGCGAUACUGAUAAGGCCCAGACCCCGACUGCCCUUGAGGAACCACUGUUGAGCUACCUUCCUGAAUUGCAGCAGUCCAUGCAGUCUGUCAUAUUCGGGAGGGAAUUUAAGAGUUAACCAUAUUGAGUACAUUUGUAGUUUCAUAUCGGUCAGGGUAACACAUUUCCUUCCCUGUAAACCAGGCAGGUUUCUACAUCAGUGUGAUUGUUUCAAGGACACCAUUAUUGAUACUAGCUUUUUAAUGCAGGAUUUAAACAGAACCUGAAUUUGAUUUUCCAUCUAGACCAUAUCAAAUACACUAUCUGUAUACAUUCUUCAAAAAAAUUCCUUUUCAAAUCUAUACAGAUUGUCCUUGAUUAGCCUGUGCCUUUCUAAAUGAUAAUUUAUAUUGUCAAAUGCAACUGCAUAAACAUUCAGUGAAUGACAACUGUAUUCUGCUGGAAGGCCUAAAAUAACCUGUGUUGUGGGUCUGGCCAUGGCCAUUAAGGGUGCUAUUGGCUUAGCAAUUACACUCAUGCUUAUUGACUGCCAAUAUUUUCUCAUACAUUCUAUCUUUCUAAUUUACUUCUUAAUAUCACCACUGCACCUUCUGCACCCCUCUCGGCUUUCUCCAGUAUUGAACUCAGGAUAUCUGACAUAAGCUUCUCUUUUUGUGUUAUCUCAAGCUUUUCUACCUCCAAGGAAGAAAUAGAUUUAGAACUUCCAUCCUCCUUCUUAGUGGGAACACAUUUGCUCUUAAUGUACUACAUCAGUACUAUGCUUGGCACUAUCCUGCAGAAUACUCAUCCAUUAACAGCACUCCUGGUCUGGGGAUACCAGGCAUUACAUCAUUGGACCUUGGCCAAUGAGAGUGCAGUGCAUAAUUUAGUACCCAGCCAAUAAGUGGACAAUAUGGAUUAUUGGUCAGCCAAUGAAACUUCAGUAAUAUAUUUUGUUGAUAUAGCCUAGGCUAUUUUAACUGGGGACAGAAGAGGAGGAAGCAGAGGUUUUACUCUUCAAUUAGUAUUUUACAACUUUGGGAUCUUUCAAAAACUUGUGUCAAGCAAAGUACAAAUUAGAAAAGAACACUAUUUGCAAAAUUGGCACCACUGACUUAAGUGUCUCUUGUUGACCUUAGUGAUAAAGUCAGUGCUGAGAGGAGGAUGAAAGACAGUGAAUUCUACAAAGAUUUACUUAAGCUGAAAGUAUAAUGAGUGGGGGGAAGAUGCCCCAAAGAUACAAGCUACUCAUGUUCAACUGGUAACUGUUGCUCAACUGAGGGGAAUGCAGUGAAAUGAUUUGUUGCAUUUGUCAGUGGUUCACCUGCUGCAGUGUCUGUAUUUUUGUGAAGGGACUCCUGCUACAGUAUCCGAGCCCAUAAUGUCUGGAAACUGGUCAGCAGGAGAUGGUGCGGGGAAUCACAAAGAGUAUCACAAUAAUUGGGAAAAUGCAGGAAAUGGAACAACACAGAGUUCACAUGGAGGCCAGUGACACUAGAACAACGCAGAGUCCAGCUGAAGGAAGCCUGAUCACAGGCAUCAGGAGGUAAUGAGUUAUGUUCUGGGAAUGACCCAGACUGGGAGCACAGAUGCUCAGUGAAGAAAAUUGGGCUCAAUGGUAUAUUAAGUGCCUCUUGUUGACCUAAGUGAUGAAGUCAGAGCUGAGAGGAGGGUGGGCAGAUUGAAAGGCAGGCACAGUAGUGUAGUGGUUAAUGUAACGCUAUUACAGCGCCAGUGACCCGGGUUCAAUUCCGGCCACUGUCUGUGAGGAGUUUAUAUGUUCUCCCCGUGUUUGCACGGGUUUCCUCCGGGUGCUCCGGUUUCCUCCCACAUUCUAAAGACGUACAAGUUAGGAAGUUGUGGACAUGCUAUGUUGGUGCCGGAAGCAUGGUGACACUUGCGGGCUGCCCCCAGAACACUCGACGCAAAAGAUGCAUUUCACUGUGUGUUUCAAUGUACAUGUGACUAAUAAAGAUAUCUUAUCCUGCUAUGAUGCAAUGUUCUGUGAGAAGGAGGCAGGCAAAACAGUUAACCCUGGAUCUCUUCAUAAAGGAAGAAUUACAAUCUGGUCCCUCUUCACAACAAGGUGAACCACAGCCUGGCUCAUCAUCCCAGCUACAUCCAUUUCACCUCCUACUCCUACGGAUGUCUUUGUGGGUUCACACUGUACUUUGUAUUAAAUCCCAUUACAUGUUCACUGCUUAA